AUGCAACCGCGUCGGACAUAUGCAGAAAGUGUGGCGAGCCAGACCCUAUCGAUCCAUGCGCAGCAGCAGCCGACGUUUGGCGGGGAUGAUGAUGGCGAGGACUCCGACGACGAAGCUGAUGAUGACCCUUUGUGCCCGACCAUCCGACUGACGAAGGAAGAGCUGGAGAUCAUCCGUGCACCCUGGAGGCGCGCGUUGAUCGUCAAGGUGAUGGGACGGACGGUGGGGUACGCGUACCUGCUCCGGCGACUGAAUUCGAUAUGGAAGCCGAAGGGCAGCCUGGACCUAAUCGCGCUGGACAACGGCUAUUUUCUGGUGAAGUUUGGAUCGAUGGAUGAUCUAGCGUUCGCAAUGUUUGAAGGCCCAUGGAUGGUGUUGGACCAUUACUUAAUCGUUAAGGAGUGGGAGCCGGAUUUCGAUCCAACAAAAGACACAACGAAGAAUAUUCUCGUCUGGGUAAGGAUUCCUAUUUUGCCGGUUGAGUAUUAUAAUUUUAUAUUCCUCAGGAAGCUAGGAAACAGGAUCGGGAGGACGGUGCGCGUGGAUCAGGCCACGAGCUUAGUCUCGCGAGGUAAGUUUGUCAGGAUCUGUGUCGAGGUUGACAUGCGGAAGCCAUUGAUAUCAAAGUUCACGUAUAAAGGCCGAGUGCGGUACGUAUCUUAUGAGGGGAUACACAUGGUGUGCUUUGCAUGUGGAGUGUACGGACAUUCAACGGAAGCAUGCCCACUCUCACGCGAGGCCACGGCGAAUCCCGAAGGGCAUGAGGCAGAGCAAACAUCUGAUGAGCGACCUCCGGCGAGAGAGCCUCCAGGUACGCCGUAUCAAGCUGCUCAGGACCCAAAGCUCCCGUUUGGCGCCUGGAUAUUAGCACCAAAGAGAGGAGGACGAACAAACGCAAGACAGUCGAACCGCCACCAGAGAUCGGAGGGAAACCGGAGGAACACAGGGGUGAACAGGAAGAGUGCUGGAGCCCAAUCAUCGAGAUUUGCCCCACUAAGGGAGGAAAAUGUGGAGGAGGAAGUGGACAUGGGGGACGAGGCCGGAGGCGAGCAGGACAUCACUGCUGGGGGUGCUCAAGCUAACGCGUCGGUAUCUCAGGCGGAACCAAGGCACAACUCGAUGCCGGCAACCGAGGGGGGAAGGCAAAGACGACCGAAUGUGAUUGCAUCAGAGAAACGGGUAGCUAACGAGCCCAUGGCAGCGCAAAACUUGACUAAUAAUGUGGAGGUAACAAAGUCAAAAGGCAGGCGAGAGUUGAGCGAGGGAUCAAGACGGGCGGCGGAGGAAAAUGAGCACCUGGUGGUUCGUGGUGAGAAAGGGGGAUUGGUGAUCAGCGCAACCCACGUGAUCUCCGACAACACGGCGGAGGACAUCCCAUCGCCGGUGUGGCAGUCCACCAAAGAGCACCCAAAUGAUCCACCAAGGCACUUGGAUGAUGAAGGAGAUGUGGUUAUGGACAUUGAAGAAGGUCCAGUGUUAUGCAGUGGGGUGGGUGACGUGGGUGUUCCAUGA